CUCAACCUCUAAGCUUACUCUCUGUGUAAAUAUUUAAAAGACAGUUAUUCAUCAGCUCAGGAACAAAGAGCACGCUCUUGGAUUUGAGUUAUAAAAACAGGCUUUAUGAAGCUAGAAGACUGAAGCUGUGUCAACAUGGCGAUAAGCACAUCCUUCUAUAUAUUCCUCUCCUUUGCAUGUCUGGGAGCAAUCUCUUGCACUCCAGCAGUGUUCGUGGAGAAGAAGGCAGCCAAUGGGGUGCUGAAGAGACGGAUACGGGCUAACUACUUCCUGGAAGAGAUGAGGCCUGGCAAUCUGGAGAGGGAAUGCUAUGAGGAAGCGUGCUCCUUUGAGGAGGCCUAUGAAAUCUUCAAAAACAAAGAGAAAACUGAUGAGUUUUGGAACAAAUACAACAGACAACCUAAUGUAAACACCUGCAAGCAGAACCAUUGUGAAAACGGAGGCGUGUGCAUUGUCACUGAUGGCGAUUUUUCCUGCAUGUGUCCGCCACGCUUUGAAGGGAGCAGAUGUGAAGCAGAAGUUUUCGAGUGCGAGUAUAAGAAUGGGGGUUGCCAGCAGUAUUGCACAAACAGGUAUCGCUCUGUCAGUGUGCAGUGCAGCUGUGCUCAAGACUACAGACUGGAAGAAGAUGGGAAAACCUGUGAAAAAAUAGUGGAUUUCCCCUGUGGGAUGAAGCAGUAUAUCCCCUACAGUAGCCGCUCCCUCUUGGAUGAGAUGCUGCCCUUGAACCACACUGAAAAAAACGAUUACAUGGACCUGAAUGAGUUGGUCGCCGGGGGCAACUCAACGAACCACACCCUCCCUGAGCCUGAACAGGCCAUGAACACUGAUCUGCGGAUUGUGGGGGGGAUGCUGUGUCGUAGGGGCGAGUGUCCCUGGCAGGUUUACAUCCAUCAGAAAAAUGACUUUGGUUUCUGUGGCGGGACUCUAAUUACAGCCCGCUGGGUUGUAAGCGCUGCACACUGCUUCGAGGAAAUCACCCCUCACCAUGUCACCAUAGGAAACUAUGACAAGUUACGGUGGGAUUCGGAUGAGCAGAAGAUCCUGGUUGAGAAGGUGGUGGUUCACCCUCACUUUCACUCCGCCACCUUCGACAGUGACAUUGCCAUGCUGUACCUGGUGCAGCCCGCGAGGUUAGGUGUGUAUGUCACCCCCCUCUGUCUGCCCAACACUAACCUGGCCAGGCUGCUGCUGCAGGAGGGCAAUGUCGGGCAAGCUAGUGGCUGGGGCAGCACCCGCUACCUGAGCAGCUCCUCACGCUUCCUGCGCAGGGUGGCGCUCCCAGUGGUGAGUUAUGAGAAAUGCAUGAAGACCACCUCUCAGGUGAUCACCGACAACAUGUUCUGCGCUGGAUACCUGGAGGAAGCCAUGGACUCCUGCCGCGGCGACAGUGGGGGGCCAUUCGCCAUGCACUAUAAAGACACCUGGUACCUGACUGGGGUGAUCAGCUGGGGAGAGCGAUGUGCUGCCAAGGGCAAAUACGGGGUGUACACCCGCGUCUCCAACUACCUCACGUGGAUCCAGGACACAGUCUCCUCACAAAACAACAAUGCUUAGAGAAAAAGGUGCGAUAGACAGCUAUGACCAAGUGUUUUGCAUCACCUAGAAUUUUAGGAUUGACACAAUAAUUUAAAAAGCUAUAUAUAUGAUAUUGCAAAAGUCAAC